GCGCAGACCAGAAGAGCAGUAGAGGAGGCUCAGCCGGUCAGCCCACUACUGUUCGUAGAGGAAGGAUAGCGGUAGCCAAGGAAAAGAAAGCAGAGGCCAGCGAAGAGCCAGGCGGAGGAGGGUCCACGACUGACAUGGCCGCCACGGCGUACUCCACGGCGCUUCUCGGCGGAGCUCGCCUCCCCGCCGCCUCGCCACCCUCCGUCCUUCUCCCCCGCCGCAACUUCUCCCCUCUUCGCCUCCACGAUGCACCGAGGCUAUCUUUGCUCCGGCUGAUCAAGGCGUCGUCCGAUGACACCUCGACCUCCGCCCCGACCGGCGACGAGCUCGUCGAAGACCUGAAAGCAAAGUGGGACGCCGUCGAGAACAAGUCCACCGUCCUCACAUACGCCGGCGGCGCCAUCGUCGCCGUCUGGCUCUCGUCCGUCAUCGUCGGCGCUGUCAACUCCGUGCCUCUGCUUCCCAAGCUUAUGGAGCUCGUCGGGCUCGGGUACACCGGCUGGUUUGUGUACCGCUACCUCCUCUUCAAGGAAAGCAGGAAAGAGUUGGCCGACGACGUCGAAUCUUUGAAGAAGAGGAUUGCUGGGACAGAGUAAAAUGCCGUGCUCUGCACAAAAUAUUUUUGGAGCGAUUCUUUAGAGGGCACAUUAUUAUCAGAGAACCAACCGGUUGUUAAACUACCAGUAGUGUACUGUUGCUUCUGUGUGGCACAACUCACAACAUUGGAUACCGGGAAAGCUUUUGUUAUGUUGCGUGGACGAUGGGUUGCAAAUACAAUAUUUGCUGAUAAAGUACUAAGUUUUCAGCC